AUGUGGAAGUACUUAACAUCAGCCAACUCCCGGAGAUAUGUCGAUGUCAAACCAGAUCUCACACAAGCAUAUAACAAUGCUUAUCACAGAUCUAUCCAAAUGGCUCCGGCAGAGGUGAAUAAGGAUAAUGAGAAGUCGGUCUUUAACGCGCUGUACAAAACGAGGCCUCAGAGGGAACUGUGCUUUAAAUUUAAUAUUGGUGACACUGUACGAAUAUCAAAACUGAGAGGAAAGUUUCGAAAAGGAUACGAGCAGACCUACACCGAUGAGAUUUUCACAGUCAAGGAACGUAUAGGGAGACAGCCCCCAGUGUACAGACUAGCGGAUCUAGCAGGAGAGUGGAUAGGCAGUGAAUCAUGGGUAACCAACCCAGAAUUAACGAGGUUCAGUUUCUGUGCUGGGGCCAUUGGAUUUGCGAUUCCGAAGUCUAGAAUCCCAGGUCUCAGAGACUUCCUGCUGAAUCUGUCCCCCUCACAAGUGGCUUCUUCUCAAAUGCUUACUGAGUUCUGGGAGGAUGCAUUUAACUGCACACUGACCAAAAAUGCCACUGCAAAGAAGAAAGUAUGUGAUGGAAAUGAAGACAUACAGAAUCUGCAAAACCAGUACACUGACACAUCACAGCUCAGAGUUACUAACAUGGUGUACAAGGCCGUCUAUGCAGUAGCACAUGCCAUCCAUAAUGCAGUGUGCCAGGAAAUAAAUGGCACUGCAAACUGUGACAAGUUAACCAAGUUAGAGUCCAAACAGAUUUUAAUUGAGCUGAAGAAAGUAAAAAUUUCCCGAAAUGGCUAUGAUGUGUCAUUUGAUGCUAAUGGGGAUCCUGUGGCUAUUUAUGAACUGGUUAACUGGCAGAAAAGUGAAAACGGCAUGACUGAGAUAGUGGCUGUAGGGCUGUACGAUGCAUCACGGCCCGUGGGCCAGGAAUUCCAGAUCGACAAAAACAUUACCUGGAUGGAGGAUAGCAUGAAAGUGCCAGUGUCAGUGUGCACGGACAGUUGUCCUCCAGGAACUCGUAAAGUGUUACAGAAAGGAAAACCCAUCUGCUGCUAUGACUGUAUAGCAUGUCCUGAGGGGGAGAUCAGUAAUAGCACAGAUUCGACUGAUUGUUUACCUUGUCAAAAAGAAUUCUGGCCAAACGCAAAGAGAGACACUUGCAUCCCUAAGCCUGUAGAGUAUCUUUCCUUUCAAGACCUCCUAGGAAUUAUCCUGGCUACAUUCUCAGUUCUUGGUGCCUGUCUGACCAUUAUAAUUGCGGCUGUAUUCGUUUGUCACAGGAAAACUCCAAUUGUCAGGGCCAACAACUCUGAGCUGAGCUUCCUGCUGCUCAUCUCACUGACUCUGUGUUUCUUAUGUUCAUUAACUUUCAUUGGAGCACCAUCUGAGUGGUCCUGCAUGCUGCGUCACACUGCAUUUGGGAUCACCUUUGUACUCUGUAUCUCCUGUGUACUUGGGAAAACUAUAGUGGUUUUAAUGGCUUUUAAAGUGACACUUCCAGGUAGUAAUGUCAUGAAAUGGUUUGGUCCUCCACAGCAAAGAAUGACUGUUGUGUCUUUCACCUUUAUUCAAGUUUUAAUAUGUACUGUUUGGAUAGUAGUGAGCCCUCCCUUUCCAAUAAAAAAUCUAACCAUGUACAAGGAGAAAAUCAUAUUGGAAUGUGCAUUAGGCUCUGCUGCUGGCUUCUGGGCUGUGCUUGGAUACUUAGGCAUACUGGCUGCCUUUUGCUUUGUUUUAGCAGUCUUAGCCCGCAAAUUACCUGAUAAUUUCAAUGAAGCCAAGUUUAUCACCUUCAGCAUGUUGAUAUUCUGUACUGUCUGGAUCACAUUUAUCCCAGCAUAUGUCAGCUCCCCUGGGAAAUUCACUGUAGUUGUGGAGAUUUUUGCAAUUCUGGCCUCCAGCUUUGGUCUAAUAAUGUGUAUAUUUGCUCCCAAGUGUUUUAUCAUAUUGUUCAAGCCUGAGAAGAACACCAAAAAAUAUUUAAUGAACAAAAAUCAAUCAUAG